GAGGUCAAAGUAAUGAUCCCCCAGCGCACCCACCAUGGAAUCAAAGGAAUUGAUGACACCAGCUGUAACAGACGAAAAGGGCAGAACGAUCCAGCGCCAGACCCUGAUCAUCGAAAGCCAGGCCCAGCAAAUAAAGGAGCUGACUGAGACAGUUAGGGACCAAAACACUAAAAUAGUGCCUGACCACCCAGGUAACACGGUUAAUCAAUAAUGUACAUUUUAAUUCUGAAUCUGACAAGACUGUCAAUUUAAAAAGAC